CAACCAGUUGCACAAGAGAAAAACCGAGCCAGCGCAAGUUAAAAGUAAUAUUGAAAAAUGUAUUGUCGAUGUAAGAAAUAAAAUUGAUGACAUAAUAAAUGAAGCCAAAAGCCCAAGGCAACAAAAGGAGACAACGUAGUAAUUGCAGUCACGAUCACCGAGUUGCCACAUUAGAAGUAUGCGACAAUAUAAUUUCAAUUCAAAGAUCAUUUGGUAGCCGCAUCCCUGUUUUUCCCCGAAGACUUUGGAGAAUACUGUGGUAAGUUUCCUGAUGUCAAGAUGGAAACUACCUGCUUGGCUUAUCGCGAAUUAGAAAAAAGUCGUAUAAAGACAGAGUUGUCUGUUAUUUAUGCACGGAAUGAUUGCCGAGAUUUACAUGGAAC